CCGCCAUUGCCGGGCCUGCAGGACCGCUCCGCGCCGCUCGCUGGCCAGCCCUGGCCGAGCUCGGGAGCCGAGCGGCCGGCGGGCCAGGGCACCCUUCUGACUGAGCCUGUGUCUCCCCACAGCCAGCGCGCACGGUCCCCAAACAGCGCACCUGCCGGCGGUCCCAACACAGCGGGAGAAGUGGACAUGAGGUUGGCAGGUCCCCUGCGCAUCGUGGCCCUGGUCAUCGUCGUGGGCCUUACUUGGUUCAUAGGCAGUAUUCUCCUGGGCGGGCCCGGCAGUGCUUUCCCUCGCAUCCAGCAGCUCUUCACCAGCCCAGAAAGCUCUGUGACAGCAGAGCCACGGGCCAGGAAGUACAAGUGUGGCUUGCCCCAACCAUGUCCUGAGGAACACCUGGCCUUCCGCAUGGUCAGUGGAGCCGCCAACGUCAUUGGGCCCAAGAUCUGCCUCGAGGACAAGAUGCUCAUGAGCAGUGUCAAGGACAACGUGGGCCGUGGGCUCAACAUCGCCCUGGUGAAUGGGGUCAACGGGGAGCUCAUCGAGGCCCGGGCGUUUGACAUGUGGGCUGGAGAUGUCAAUGACCUGCUCAAGUUCAUUAGGCCACUGCAUGAAGGCACCCUGGUGUUUGUGGCAUCCUACGACGACCCAGCCACCAAGAUGAAUGAGGAGACCAGGAAGCUUUUCAGCGAGCUGGGCAGCAGGAAUGCUAAGGAACUGGCCUUCCGGGACAGCUGGGUGUUUGUGGGGGCCAAGGGUGUGCAGAACAAGAGCCCCUUUGAACAGCAUGUGAAGAACAGCAAGCACACCAACAAGUACGAGGGCUGGCCCGAGGCACUGGAGAUGGAAGGCUGCAUCCCACGGCGAGGCGUGGCCAGCUAGCAUGCAGAGCACCGCGCCCCAGAAGCAAGGACACUGGCAGUGAUGCCAGCACAGGGCUGAGGCCCAUGCCCACGCCUCAAGGUGAGGCAGGAGCAUUCCCUGGCCCUAGCACCUCAACUCCAAGGUGUGAACAAAUCUUGGAGACAGAUGGUGCUGCUCUAGGGGCUGGGCCCUUUGCACCUUGUCGGGGGGGGGGGCUCAGGGCCUAUUUCCUCUUUCUGAAACCAUCCCCCCAGAGCAGGCCCUAGUGCACCCUGUUCUUCAGGCCACAUCCUGCCUGUUUCCUAGCUACCUGGCAGGUUAGUGUCUUCUAGUACUGGAAGUACCAAGUUCUGAUGAGUCAUAACCCCAGUGCAGACUGCCUCACGCUCACCCUGGGCCUGAUCACAGUGCCUUACCAGAGGGCCUGCCUUCUACAUGACCUCUUAAUAAAGUCUUGGCUCUCA